UCCCACGAUCCGCCCACCAUCUCGGGACUGGAGUCACGUGUCUCGCCGCCUAGUGUCUCUCUGCGAGCCGACACCACCAAAUAUCAAAACUCACCCAGCGCCCAGUGGAGAGAGAGAGAGAGAGAGAGAGGGAGAGACGGAGAGGGGCGAAGAUGACAGACGGAGAGGUGUACGCGGACAGAAAGCACCUACGACGCCAGUGGGCAAUAACGGAGGGCGCUCACUAGUAGAUACCCGCUAUGGUGAACCAAAAUGUUCCUUCUCUUUCCCACAGAGGGGAGAUAUGGCAAGGCAUCUGAGCAGGACGGGAGAUGAGGUUCACACCGUUUCGGAGACUCUCUUCCUCCUGUGAUCUCACUCAGUCCGCCUGUGAGCCACGGGGCUUUGGGGUGUAUGGGACACGCGGCGCACUGCUCUCAGCCGCUCCAGCUCAACUGUGAACUGAAGAAAUUUCUUUUUUGUGUUUUAUUUAAACCUGCUGGAGCUCCUUGGGUAUCUGAAGGCAAGUGUGGUCUCACCAUGAGGGCUGUUUCAGCAAACUUAUUCGCUCUUCUUUUAUUGUGCGCCCUGGCAAGUGUUUUCUACGUCUGGAGCGCACUGGAUAACCGUUUGGAGCGACACAAACGGAGGCUCUCCGUACCGGGCGGAGGCUCUUUUCACCAAGUUCUCCCAGCGGACCUGUCUGCCAAAACUUUCCGGGUUUUGCUCGCUGUCCCAGCGGCACAAAGACCGCACUUGGGGGGCAGACUCGAGGCUCACAACCUCACUGAUCAAGCUGCAGGAAGUCGAGAUUACCAUGUGAAUGGGGAUAACAAGAGGUCAGCGCGGCGGGAGGGUCCGGUCAAGUUGGGCUCCCCUGUGGAGGAUGGGAUAUUUUGGAGUGAAUGGCUGGAGGAUCUCCUCCCUGCAGGCUUCACAGAGGAAUACGCUCGGACAUGGCGAGGGAGAGCCAGGACAUACCGGAUAGUGAAGCUGGAGCCUGGAUGCGGCAGGAUAUCUAAUCAGCUCGCCACUUUUGCAGAUGGGACCAAAGCAUGCGUGCGUUACGGUAUAAACGCGGAUCAGGUGCAAGGAGAAGCUUUAACAUAUUAUCUUGCCAGUUUGUUAGGCAUCACAAACCUGCCUCCUCUCAUACUGUCCCAGCUGAGCGGAGACAGCGAACAAUGGGCAGCUGUGAGGACGCGGAUAGAUGGUUUACAGUGGAGUGAUCAGGCCGUGGUUUCUCUCACUGAGUGGGUCUCCAACCUGACAGGGGUGGUCACACCUGCGCCGCUCAGACAGGAGAGCAGCGGGCUGCACCCUGUGCUCGAGGUACUCUGGAACAAGACCACAGCGGAGCUGCUGGAGCUGAUGCAGUGGACCGACUUGAUCAUAUUCGACUACCUGACUGCAAACUUCGACAGACUCGUAAGCAAUCUGUUCAGCCUGCAGUGGGAUUCGCGCGUAAUGGAGAGGGAAACCAACAACCUCCUCAGAACACCCCACGGUGACCUUGUAUUCAUAGACAAUGAGGCGGGACUCGUGCACGGGUUUCGAGUGCUGAACAUGUGGGAGAAAUAUCACAGUACAGUAUUGAGCUCUGUGUGUAUAUUCAGGAAAAGGACCACGCAGCGCGUGACGGAGUUGCACCGACGCAAAGACUCCAGAAAAAGGCUGCUGGAGCUUUACAGGGACAGCGAGCCUUUGUCUUCAGAAUUAGGAUUUCUCUCAGACGAGCAUGCUGGUGUUCUCCAGGACAGGAUAGACAGAUUAUACAAACACAUUUUGCAUUGCAAAGGAAAGUACAGCCAGCUGUGAACAUUCAGCACGCACAGGUGACGGAGUUGCUGCCUGCACGGUAAUGAGCUUUGCAAACGCGACUGGCACACCUGUGCUACACAUUACACAAAACUGUCUUGAAUAUCCAGCUGAACUACCUCCUGUGAAUAGAAUGUGUUGCCUACUUUAUAAGUAACGAUUUCUGACACAUGUUUUUAAGCUCCCUGGUGAGAUUUCCACUGUAUGCCUCACAGACAGGAAUGAUAAAGGUCAGAUUAUCUUGUCUUACUUACCACACUGAUGCUCACCCGAAGGGGAUUAAUUGUAAAGUGUAGGCAAUAUGUGUGAUUAUAGGGUAUCAUAAUGCAGCCCUUCAUUAUUUGGAUUCUUGCCUCCUGUCUUGCCUAUGCCUUAAUAUAUGUUGACUCUUGAAUACUGUAUUUCUGUUGACAUCUGGGCCGCUUUUUUAUAGAAAACUGUUUGCACAGUGCGUUGUCAUAGCAGCACCUGCACUCUUGUAAUUGUGUUUGGAUUGCAUAUUCAGCCUUAAAGUCACAGGCAUAUCAUAUACAUUGUACAUGUUGUAAUUAUGUUGUAAAUAUUGUCUGUCAACCUGUUUUGGGGAAUUUGAUGCUCCAUUAACUUAAGGUGCAUUGUGACAUUCCAAAAUCUGUUGUCUUUUUUGAUAAAUACACUGUAAUAUAAUUGAA